GUGCCGCUGUUUUCGUAAGCAGCGCUACAUCAGUUGAUUGCAGACCUUAAAGUCACGUCCAAAAAUAGACAUUAAUCAUUGCAGUUUAUAAUGAAAUCUGGAGUGUUGUAUAGCCUUCGACUUCGCAUAUUACAUAACUAAAAGGGAAUCGUCACCAUAGAAAACGUGUGUUGUUGCUGUAAUGAAUUAUCUCUUUUAAAGAAAGCGGAAGAAAGCCGGCUCCUCCCCUUCGCCUUCACUUAUCAAAAGAAAUUGUACCACUGUCAACCAAUCACUGUGCCCAGCGCCUUUAUUUCCCCUCCCCCCGCCGCUCAUUAAUCGAUACAUACACACAUUCAUACGUACGUGUAUAUUUACAUAUUCACAAUGUCUGAAGAGAGUGAAAAACCUCGAGAGAUUUUAUCCUCCUAUGAUGAGAUAUUAGAAAUUACAGGAUUAUUGCCCAUCUGUGAUAACAGAAAGUCAUAUGUCGGUGAUGAUGACAAAGAAGAUAAGGAGAAUUCCUCUCCACAAGGUGAUAAUAAUGAUGGUGGUAAUGGUGACAAUAUUCUUCGUCGUGCAGGCGGUGUCAGUGAUGAUAAUGAUGAUGAUGAAGCUAUAGUACCGGUACUGUCCACUAUACAACUACAACGUGGUUCAAGUUUACUGUCGAUUACAGCGGAUGAGAAUAAUACCACAAAUGUACGCACGAUUUCAAUUGCAAAAACAAAAAAUAAUGAUGUUGGAUUUAUGUUUACUGAAAUAAAACAGGGCUUAUUUGUUUCACAUGUCGAUGAAAGAUCUUCAGCCAGUUUGAAUCGAGUACGUUUCGGUGAUAAAAUACAAUGCAUCAAUGGUAUUGAAGUGACAUCGUAUUCUCAAGCGAAACAAUUAAUUGAAAAAACACAUCCAACUGUAGAAUUUUCAAUAAUUGAUUGUCCUUAUAGAGAGAGUAAAACGUUGUAUAAAAUACGCGGAAGAUGUGGUCUAUUCAUUAAUGAUGGUAUGAUAUUAGAUCGUACACGAUAUUUUAGUCCAAAAAGUGAUAAAUGCCCAUUGAAUUAUUAUAUUACUGAAAUCAACAAUAUCAGUAGUGUACGUCUGUUAGAUGAAGAAAUUGUCAAGUUGAUUGAACGCGUGAAUUCACCGUUCACUCUGCAUAUUGUACCACAAUGGUUUUAUGAAUAUCUUGUCUAUGGAUUGGAUCCAUCCUGUAGUAGUGAUGUAAGAAAGAAGGCUAAGAAGCAUCUGGUGUCUUUCAAUUGUUUUCGCCAGUCGAACAGAUGUGAUGAUCGAUCAUCAUGAAGUAUGAAUUAUUGAUCGCUUUUCGUCUCAUUCAUAGUGCACAACACUUCUUGUCACACACACCCUGUGUGUUCAUUACUGCUUUCUUUUAUUUUUUGGUAAUGUUAACAUUUCAACGCGCCAACCAAAUAUUGUGCAAUGAAUUGCUUUAUUUCCCGCCUCGGCCUUCUUCCCUGUCUCCCUCUCUACUGUCUUCGGUACGUACAUCCGUCGCAUUCACCAUUAACAUUCUCAUGUCAUCAUUUGAGCGCCAUUCAUACCUAUACUUUUCUCUCUCUAUCUCUCUGUUUGCCUAUGUAUUCAGUUCCUCAUUCUGCGCCCCCCACCCUCGUACGCGCCAUCUUCCACCCGUGUGUGUUAACAGUUUAUAAUAACCAGUGGUAUUAUUAUUAUUUACGCAUUUCUCUGCUACACAACAAUACCUAAUGUUCAUGAUCCUAUUUCCUGGAGACCGUCUUCUCAAAUCAUUUAUUUGCCUUGUUUUGAUGCUUAUUCAUAUAAUUUGUAAUUUUUGGUUGGUUAGUUUUGUUGUUGGGAUGUUGCUGUUUGUUGUGUGUGUGUGGUUAGAAUUAAACUUUUGGUUUGGUUUGCUUCAACACACUGGUGGUUCUCUUUUGAUUUAAUUCAAUGCGUCGGUGGCACAGCGGUCAGGACGCCUGCCGUCGUUGUACUUAUUUUUCGUUUAUAAGUGAAAUUCCUGUCUGCUAAUCCAAUCAAACUAAUUCGUUUUACUUUUAAUUAAUAUUUCUUGACAGCAUGGUGUUUUACUGUAACAGUUAGUCAUGAACUUUCGUCAGCAACACAGAUAUAAUCAUAAAUCUUUGGUUUGUAUUAAACUUGGAGAUAACAAGGAAUAACACUA